AGAUUGAGGAAAUGCGUUUGUUAUGACUCUCAAAUCAAAAGGAAGACGAAAGCAAACAAGAAAAAGUUCAUCUAAAUGGUGGACAUCAAAACGUCUAAGUUUUGCAUCAGAUAUUAAAUGGAAAACACUACGACAUAACGGACCAUUAUUUCCUCCUCUAUACAAAAGGCUUCCAAGAAAAGUAAAGUUUUAUUACAAAAGGAAACCAAUGAAGCUAAGCAAAGCUGCUGAAGAAGUCGCUUCGUUUUAUGCCAAGAUGCUGAAGGAAGACUACACUAAAAAAGCUUUAUUUAAUAAAAAUUUCAUGAUGGAUUGGCAAGAAGUAAUGAUACCUCGAGAAAGAAAGAUCAUUACUGAUUUAAAGAAGUGCGAUUUCAAAUCUAUGCAUCAACAUUUUCAAAAACUGUCUGAAGCUAAGAAGAAACGUUCAAAGAAACAAAUCGAAGCUGAUCGCAAAAGACAGCAAAAACUUGUUGAAAAGUAUGGUUACUGCAUCUUAAACGGAUGCAAACAAAAAAUUGGUAACUUCAGAAUAGAGCCACCUGGGUUGUUUCGAGGUAGAGGAAACCAUCCAAAAAUGGGUCGGUUGAAAAAGAGGGUGAGGCCGGAAGAUGUCGUCAUUAAUAUUGGAAAGAAUGUUAAAACUCCCAAACCAUCUGUCCCUGGCAAGUGGAAGGAUGUGAUAUCUGAUAAUACAGUUACAUGGCUAGCCCAUUGGGUGGAUAAUAUUUCGUCUAAACACAAAUAUGUGUUUCUUAAUCCUAGCUCGUCUAUUAAAGGUAAAAGUGAUUUCGAAAAAUACGAAUUGGCAAGAAAACUGAGCCGGUACAUUAAAACUAUACGCAGAAAAUACAUGAGAGGCAUGAAUGCCAAGGAUCCUGAAGUGCAGCAGAUGAGUGUUGCGUUGUUUUUAAUUGAUCAGUUAGCGUUACGAAUCGGAAAUGAGAAGAAAAAAGACACAGCAGAUACAGUGGGCUGCUGUUCUUUGCGAAAACAACAUAUCAAAUUACGAAAGAAGGGAAACAAAAAUAUUGUCGAUCUCAAGUUUCGAGGUAAAGAUUCAAUGCUUUACAAAAGGUCCAUUCCAGUAAAAAAAUCAGUCUUUAACGCUUUAAAAAGACUAACAUACGGAAAGUCUGCAAGAAUAAAAAUAUUUGAUGAAAUUUCGCCUCCUAUGGUCAAUGAUUAUCUUAACUCUAUAAUGCAUGGGUUAUCAGCUAAAGUCUUCCGCACUUACAAUUCAUCAAAACUUUUCGAAAAAAAGCUACAACACACUAAAGCUAAAAUGAGUGUGGAUGAGAAAAUAAAAAGGUAUGGUGAAGCAAAUAGAGACGUUGCUAUAUUAUGUGGACAUACUAGAACUCCUCUAAAGACUCACGGAAAACGAACCAAAACUUUGAAUUCUAAGGAACCAACUUACCCUCUUUUAUGA